AUGAAGCUGUCCCUGCUCGUGAGCGCCCAAGGCCUCGAGGGCAUCGGAGCGGCGUCCUGCCCGCCCGGCGCCGCAGGUGGUGGCGGCAUCAGCUGCGUUCUGCAGGAUGGCCACGUCUUUGAGAAGGCAGGAGUCAACGUGUCAGUAGUGUUCGGGCAGCUUUCCGCAGAGGCUGUGCAGCAGAUGAAGAGCAGGAAAACCCUCAAGGACAAAGAUGGGAAAGUGCCUUUUUGUGCUAUGGGUGUAAGUUCUGUUAUCCAUCCAAAGAAUCCUCACGUUCCAACUGUGCAUUUUAACUACAGAUACUUUGAAAUUGAAGAAGCAGAUGGGACUAAACAGUGGUGGUUUGGUGGUGGAACUGACCUGACUCCAACUUACUUGGACAAAGAAGAUGCUGUACACUUCCACAAAACACUGAAAGAAGCUUGUGACAAGCAUGAUCCAAAGCUGUAUCCCAAAUACAAGAAAUGGUGCGAUGACUACUUCUAUAUCAAGCACCGUGGCGAGCGAAGGGGCAUUGGAGGCAUAUUCUUCGACGAUGUGGACUCUCCUUCCAAAGAGGAGGUGUUCCAGUUUGUGCAGAGUUGUGCCAAAGCCAUCGUGCCUUGCUACGUUCCCAUUGUGAAGAAGCACCGCCAUGACCCCUUCACACCGGAGGAGAAGCUGUGGCAGCAGCUUCGCAGGGGGCGGUAUGUGGAGUUCAACUUGGUUUAUGACAGAGGAACAAAGUUUGGCCUAGCAACACCGGGAUCAAGAAUUGAAAGCAUUCUUAUGUCUCUGCCCCUGACUGCCAGGUGGGAAUACAUGCAUACCCCGCCAGAGAACUCAAGAGAAGCAGAAAUCCUAGAAGUCCUGCGCAAUCCCAAAGACUGGGUGCACUGAGGCAUGGCCUGGAGGAGACUG